GCCAUCCACUUCUUCUCCCACCCAUCCCUCUCUCUCUCAUCUUCUCUCUCUAUCUCAAUUCUCAAACCCUAUUUCUCAUUUUCAUCCUAAAUCCCAGAGACCCAAUUCUUUCUAUGAAAAUCUGCCAUUGAUUUUUAAAGCCCAUGAGGAGGGGACGCGGAGCCUCCGCCGCUGCCGCGGCUGCCAGAGCGAAUGGGCCGCCGACCGAGCCAAACGGAGCCAGGCCCGUUAAAGAGGUGAAGUACCGGGGAGUUCGGAAGAGACCGUGGGGGAAAUACGCGGCGGAGAUUCGAGACCCGUUUAAGAAGAGCCGGGUCUGGCUCGGGACCUUCGAGUCCGCCGAGGACGCGGCUCGCGCCUACGACGCCGCCGCCCGCGUCCUCCGCGGACCCAAAGCCAAGACCAACUUCCCGACAUAUUCCAACCAGUUAUGUUACAACAACAACAACCCGACCGAUCCCAACUUCGAAGGCAAGUUGUUCGGGUCGGGUUACGGGUUUCAAGAGGACGACCAAAUGGGUCCCGCCAGACCCGCUUCCAGCGGCAUGAGCUCAACCGUGGAGUCGUUCAGCGGGCCGAGGCCCGCGCCGCAGCGAUCGUCGACUGCGGCGGAGUCGUCGCGGCAGAAGCAGCCGCGGACGCCGCCGAUGGAUCCGGAGGAUUGCCACAGCGACUGCGACUCGUCGUCCUCGGUGGUGGAGGACGAUGGGGACUUUGUUGCGUCGUCGUCGUUCCGGAAACCGCUGGAGUUUGAUCUCAAUUUCCCACCGUUGGAUGAGCUCGACGGAGGAGGAGGGGACGGUCAGGAUCUUGGCUGGACAGCACUGUGUCUUUGAUUUACUGAUGAUGACGAUUAUUUGACGAGCAAAGAAUGAUCAAUGAGUUCAAUACUCUUCUUCUUCUAUUUCUUGUUAAAUAACAUUAAAACGAUCUUAUAUCUCUGCAUUAUGGCAUUGUGUUUGAUGAGAAUGGCCUUCUUAUUUUUCUCAUAUUUAGACUAGAAACAAAUCAUCAUGAGGAUCUUGUUCUUGUUGUUGUAAUGUUAUGUAUUAGGGUUUGUAAAAUGUGGGAUCUGGGUUUCUCCAAUCCCCCACCUUAGCUUGUUGUUCACAAAGUUACCAUAAACGCUUAUCUAAUGAGGAAAUGAAGAUUUGAGGGUUUUUCUCUUGUUCUG